AUGGGAAAAGCCAAGAGGAACACCAAUGUUAAAAGGUUGAUCUUGACGAUCAUGAUGAGUAUUAUUGGCUUAUAUGGGUUGAUGAGGUUUUUAAAUAAUCAUAAGAGUACAGAUCUUCAAAAAAUUUUACAAAAUUUGCCAAAGGAAAUAUCUCAAAAUGUUUUACAGGCAGCUAGUACUCAGCAAAAGAACGAUGUUGAUGUAAUUGCAAAAUUUGAAGAAUUGUUUGGUGAAAUUAAAAAAAACCAAGAAGAGCAGGCUAGACAAUUGGAAAGACAACGUCGUGUUUUAGAAAGAAAGAUACAGAAAUUAAAACAAGGUAGCCAAGGUGAUACCCUACGUGAAAGAUUAGCUUACACCUUUGAGUAUGAUGCUUCUAAAAAAUUUCCUGCUUUUAUUUGGCAAUUAUCACCAUUUGAUGAUCCAAGGGAAGAUCGUCAAAAAAUUAAUGGUGACAGUAAUGAAGACACUAUCUCUCUGGUUAAAAAUUCUGUGAGAUUAUGGGAUGACAAAAAUCCAGGUUUUGUUCAUGAAAAAUUAGACGAUCAUGUAAUGGGUGCAUUAGUACAUCAUUUUUAUUCAUCCACCCCAGAAGUUAUCAAAGCUUAUGAGGCUUUACCAUCUAAACUAUUAAAAAUUGAUUUCUUUAAAUAUUUGAUUUUGUUAGCUCGUGGAGGUAUCUAUGCAGACAUUGAUACAGAACCUUUACAACCAAUUCCUAAUUGGUUGCCUGAACAUAUUUCACCAAGUUCUAUUGGGUUGAUUGUAGGAAUUGAACAUGAUGCCAAAACUCAAGAUUGGAAAAAUUAUUAUGUAAGAAGAUUACAAUUUGGAACUUGGAUUAUACAGUGUAAACCAGGUCAUCCAGUGUUAAGAGAAAUCGUGGCUAGAAUAACUGAAGAAACAUUAAAACGUAAAACUGAAAAUGGUUUGAACGUUAAUCUGAGAAACGAUUUAAUGGUUAUGAAAUGGACGGGUUCAGGUAUCUGGACUGAUGUAAUCUUUUCAUACUUUAAUGAUUACUUGAAGAGUGGAAUUAAUAAAAAGGUUAAUUGGAAAGAAUUUACUAGUUUGAAUGAACCCAAAUUACUGAGUGAUAUCCUUGUAUAUCCAAAAUACUCAUUUGAUGUACCAAAAGAUGCCAAGGACAAUAAUAACGAAAAAUCUUAUUAUUUAGUAUCUCACAGAAUGAAGAAAACUUGGAAAGCACUACCAAAUGGAAAGUAA